ACAUUUUGGGAUUCCUCAUCCGCUCCAGGUGCCGGGAGGGAUUUCCAGCUCUUUUCCAGGAAUCUUUUUGAUUUUUGGCAGCUGGGAGCUGCCACCUGCUCCAGUUCCAGCUGGAAUUCCUGCCCUGGGAAUCCAUUUUGGAGCUGGGAGGGAUUUUCCCUCUCUUUUUCCAGGAAUUUUUUGGGAUUCUUCAUCUGCUCCAGGUGCUGGGAGGGAUUUCCACCUCUUUUUCCAGGAGUUUUUUGGAAUUCCUCACCUGCUCCUUCUCCAGCUGGAAUUCCUGGAUUGGGAAUCGAUUUUGGGUCUGCUCCAGGAGCUGGGAGUGAUUUCCACCCCCUUUUCCAGGGUUCUUUUGGGAUUUUUGGCCUUUUUCAGGAGGGAGCGAUGCUGUGUGCAGCUCCAGGAUGGCUGCAGCUCUGGUGCCCUCCCAGCAGGGAGGUUCUGGUGUUCUCCAGCCCUCGGAAUUCCCCCAGAUCCUGCUGGGUCUGACUGGAAAUCAGAGCAAAACCCAUCCCCAGGCAGGAUCUCAGAUUUGGGGUUCCAGGGGGUGAACAGAUCCCUGAGGACAGAAGAGGAAGAAAAUCCCAAAAAACCCCGGAAUUAUUCCAGAGGAUGCCAGGAGCAGCUGCAGGUUCCCUCCUCACACAGAAAGCCACUUAGAGGAUGGAACCAGAGCUUCCAGAAGGAGAAGGAGGAGGAGAAGCAGCUGAGGAAGGGCUGAUCGAGUUCUACGGCUCCUUCAAGGAGAUGUUUGAGUUCUUCUGCAAGAACACCACGAUCCACGGCACCAUCCGCCUGGUGUGCUCGGGCAGGAACCGCAUGAAGACGGCGUUCUGGACGCUGCUGCUGCUGGCCAGCCUGGGCAUGCUCUACUGGCAGUUCGCCCUCAUGUUCAGCCAGUUCUGGGCCUACCCCGUGGUGCUCACCAUGUCCAUGGACUCCGAGCCCAAAAUGUUCCCGGCCGUCACCAUCUGCAACCUGGAUCCCUCCAGGUUUGAGCUGGUCAGCGAGCAGCUGGAGCAGCUGGAGCGCAUGGCCGAGGAGUCGCUGACCUUCCUGUACGGCCCCAAGGCCUCGGCCAGGCUGUCCCAGCUGAGGGACAGGAACAGGGACAGGGACAAGGACGGGGCCAUCCGGGUCCAGGCCUGGGCCAACCUCAGCAGCGCCGGCUUCAGGCUCAGCCACAACUUCUCCCUGGUCAGGAUGUGGGACCCCAGGGCAGGCGAAAAACAUUCCAGAGUGGGAUUCCGGCUGUGCAACUCCACAGGUGGGAAUUGCUUCUACACCUCUCACCCGUCGGGCAUGGACGCGCUGCUCGAGUGGUUCCGCUUCCACUACAUGAACGUGAUGGCCCAGCUGCCCCCGGGGCUGCCCCAGCACCAGCAGCACUUCCAGGACCUGGUCUACUCCUGCCAGUACGAUGGGGAGCCCUGCAGGCCCAGUGAUCAUGUUCACUUCCACCACCCAGUUUUUGGGAGCUGCUACACUUUUAACAGCAAGGGGACAGAUCCCUUCUGGGCAGCCACAAAACCAGGAAUUCCUUAUGGGCUGUCCCUGAUCCUGCGGGCCGAGCAGAAGGAGCACCUCCCGCUGCUGUCCACGGUGGCCGGGGUGAAGGUGAUGAUCCACAGCCACAACCAGACCCCGUUCCUGGAGCACGAGGGCUUCCACAUCCGCCCAGGCAUUGCCACCACCAUCGGCAUCCGCCAGGAUCAGGUGAAUCGCCUGGGGGGCAACUACGGCAGGUGCACCACAGACGGGGCCGACGUGGCCGUGGAGCUGCUCUACAACAACUCCUACACCCUGCAGGCGUGCCUGCACUCGUGUUUCCAGCGGGCCAUGGUGCAGCGCUGUGGCUGUGGAUAUUUCUAUUACCCACUGCCCGCCGGGGCUCGCUACUGCGACUACAGCCGCCAGCCUGCCUGGGGGCACUGUUUUUACCAGCUCUACUCCCGGCUCCGGAAUCACCGCCUGGAUUGUUUCCAGCACUGCCCCAAACCCUGCAGGGAAUCCCUGUACAAGGUCUCAGCUGGCACAGCCAAGUGGCCCUCGGCAAAAUCCCAGGACUGGGUGCGCCAGGCUCUGCGGCACCAGAACGGCUACAACUCCAGCAGCAGCAGGAGGGACAUUGCCAAGGUCACCAUCUUCUACCGCCAGCUCAGCUCCCAGGCUGUGCACGAGGCCCCACUGCUCUCAGAGAACCUGCUGCUGUCCAGCAUGGGCAGCCAGUGGAGCCUGUGGUUCGGCUCCUCGGUGCUCUCGGUGGUGGAGAUGCUGGAGCUGCUCCUGGACACGCUGGUGCUGUCCCUGCUCUUCUGCCUGCAGAGGCUCCGGCCCAGGAGGGGCCCCGGGGGCUCCGGCGCCAACCCGAGCGCCAGCCUGGCCCUGGGGAGCGCCGGGGAACUGCGGGAGCAGCCGGGGAACGGCCAGGGGGGAGCCCGGGGCGCAGGACUGGGGCAGCAGCUGGAGCUGGCACAGCUGCGAGGAGCCGGGGGCUGCAACUCCCAAACUCUGGGGGAAACGUGGCAGGGACAGCCUGGAUCCGUCCCUGGGAGCGCUCUGAGCAUUGGCAGUGCUUGGAAUUCCCAGAUUCUGGGGGAAGGGUGACAGGGAUGUUCUGGAUGGAGAGCUGAGGGGGCUGGAGAGGCCUGGAAUUCCCAAAUUCUGGGGGAAAAGUGCCAGGGACGUUCUGGAUCCACAGCUGGGAGCUCCCUGAGCAUUGGCAGUGCUUGGAACUCACCUGGACUCUGAUCCCAGCUGGAAUUCCCAAACCCCUCCUUCCCUCUGGAAUUCCCGCUGCUUUUGGAUUUCCUGGGUAAUUCCCACCAACUCUGACUGUUCCAGAGGGAAAUAAAGAGAAAAAAAUGCAGGACUGGGAAUUGUUCAGGUCCCAGAAAAACCCUCUGAUUCCUGUGGAAUGCUGUGGUUUUGUUGCAGAUAACAGAGAUAAUGUUAAUUUUUGUUAAUAUUUGUUAAUUUUUGUUAAUUUAUCUGUACAUAAAACAGAAUAAACUU